AAGUGAGAAAGAGACACAGUUAUGCGCGCAUGAAAUACGGAAUUUUCAAGAAAAUUGCAAACUGUCAAAUUGAAAAUCGAAUUGGAUAUCACCCUCGGGAAAACUUGUAACGAUUAAAAAGCGCACGGAGCCAUAGUGGAGGCUCAAUAUGGUCUUGAAGGAGGUUGGGAAGCUGCUGAUCGAGCUCGAGAAGGCAGAACUUGAGGCACCUACUGGAGGCGCAACACCACAGACUUACACCCAGCUACUGGCCGUUUACUUAUACCAAAACGACAUAUGCAAUGCUAAGUAUUUGUGGAAACGGAUACCGGCCAAUGUCAAGGCAAACAGCGCUGAACUUCAGCAGGUCUGGUUAGUCGGGCAGCGAAUGUGGCAGCGAGACUGGCCUGCAGUACAUGCAGCUCUGAGCACUGAAUGGAGCGAAGACAUACACAGCAUAAUGAAUGCUCUCAAAGACAAUGUUCGGGAACGCGCGAUAACGUUGAUAUCAGAGGCAUAUUCCUCGUUAACGCUGAUCACGUUAGCCGGCAUGACGGGACUGUCGGCGCCGGAAGCGCAGACUCUCGCUACCGAGAGGGGAUGGAAAAUCGAGGGUGACAUGGUACAGCCGAAGAGAAUAGAUAAGGAACAGCAUCCUGUCCAAACCAGCCUCACCGAGGACCAGCUCUACAAGCUGACGCAGUUUGUCUCGUUUCUGGAAAAUUAAAACAUCUCCAAGUCCAAUUGCGACAAAUGGAUCGCAUUCAAAAUAUUUCUAUAUCGUAAUUUAAUGAUCUCUCAUCAGAUAAAAUGUAUAAUUAUUGAUAAUAUUAUUAUUAUUGCUAUUAUUACUAGUGAAGAUAAUCUACCUCAUCAUAUUUCAUA